GGCCCGCCGGCACUGUUGCUGCAGCCGCAGCGGGAGGUGUCUGCGAAACAGACUCAGGGAACUUUGGUCCUUAGACCAAGAUCCUGCAGUAGGUAAUCGAAGGAAUCGCGAUUAGAACCCAGAUCUGUCCCCGCAGCGGCGCCUCCUGGUGGGGGAAGGAGGCACCGGGCCCAGCGGUCAGCUGGUCUCCGAACUGAAAGACAAGAUGAAGCUCAUCAUCCUGGACCACUAUUCUCAGGCCAGCGAGUGGGCCGCCAAAUACAUCAGGAACCGCAUUAUCCAGUUUAACCCAGGACCAGACAAGUACUUCACCCUGGGGCUCCCCACUGGGAGCACCCCGCUUGGCUGCUACAAGAAGCUAAUUGAGUACUAUAAGAACGGAGACCUGUCCUUCAAAUAUGUGAAGACCUUUAACAUGGACGAGUAUGUGGGUCUUCCCCGAGACCACCCAGAGAGUUACCACUCCUUCAUGUGGAACAACUUCUUCAAGCACACGGACAUUCACCCAGAAAACACCCACAUUCUGGAUGGGAAUGCGGCCGACCUGCAGGCUGAGUGCGACGCUUUUGAAGAGAAGAUCAAGGCCGCAGGCGGAAUUGAGCUAUUUGUUGGAGGCAUCGGCCCCGACGGACACAUUGCCUUCAAUGAGCCGGGCUCCAGUCUGGUGUCCAGGACCCGUGUGAAAACGCUGGCCAUGGACACCAUCCUGGCCAACGCAAGGUUCUUCGACGGAGAUCUUGCCAAGGUGCCCACCAUGGCCCUGACGGUGGGCGUGGGCACUGUCAUGGAUGCCAGAGAGGUGAUGAUCCUCAUCACAGGUGCUCACAAGGCGUUCGCUCUGUACAAAGCCAUCGAGGAGGGAGUGAAUCACAUGUGGACCGUGUCUGCCUUCCAGCAGCAUCCCCGCACUGUGUUUGUGUGCGACGAGGACGCCACCCUGGAGCUGAAAGUGAAGACUGUCAAGUAUUUCAAAGGUUUAAUGCUUGUUCAUAACAAGUUGGUGGACCCCUUGUACAGUAUCAAAGAGAAGGAAACAGAGAAAAGCCAGUCUUCUAAGAAACCAUACAGUGAUUAGCCUGUGCUAAUCCUAGUGUCAAGUACCUCAUGGGGACAGGCAGGUCUUUCUGGAAAUUGCCCUUAGGAGGACAGAGCUGGCAUUUCUUCAAUCCAGUAUGAUUACUCCAGAUAAAUGAACAUACUGUUCCUGGCUAUAGGGCGUGAAGUCUAGUCGUGGAGUUUUGCUACAGGAAAAAUGACUUGUAACUUAAUCAGAAAAAAAAAAAAAUCACUCCAUAAUUUUGAUGUCUGCUCCACAGAAACUAGGGGUUUUUUGCUUUUUGUUCUGCCUCUGGCACUGUUCACGUUACAGCACACUCCUGUCAGGAAUCUGUCAUGUGCAGACUCAGUUCAGGGGAACAGGGGCAUGUUGUACUGGACAAAGCCCCCUGGUGAGGCUUGAGAGCCCCUCUUGAGCAGGCCUGCCCCUUAUUUGAGUCGCUGUUCCAGGUGAGUGAACAAACUCUCAGUGUCUAAAAUCUGCAUAAAGGGCAGUCAGUCUGUCUGGUCAGUAACAAGUGCCAUGGGAAGAAAACUGCCCCUUUCUUUCCUUAGUCUCCCCCCUCCCCGCCAGUUGGCCUUUCCACGAACUCUGAGGACUCCUUUGGGGAGGAUUUGGGAAGACAGGGCUAAAGAGAAGGCUUUGCUGAUUAACUCAGAGCCUCAAGGGGCCCACAGACGUCAAACCCUCUCCCCCAAGGACCCUCCAGCAUGGAGAGGAAGGCGGAAGCCCUUUUCCCACUAGAGUCCUGUGUUUUUGUCCCCAGGCCUCACCGUGGCUCCCCAUUUUACGCUCACUAACACAAAGGCCCCCUGGGGCAACGGACACGGUCACUUCCAGUGCGGUGUCCAGCCAGGGCGGAGAGGGCUGGGGCAGGUGGCUCAACUAUGAGAGUCGUCACAAGUGAUGGUUCCCCCGCUUCCCUAGCAGCCAAGUGCCCAGAUGACACACAGAUGCUUCUGAAGUUGCCUUUCCCUGCCUAUAACACCCUGCCCCGCUGACCCUCUUUUGAAUGUGAUUGUGCUGUCAUUCUAUUUUAAGCUACCAGAUCAAUGGGCUUGUUUACAAUGUCAUAUUUUCUAUUAAAUCGAGU